GGAGAAGCGAAGCUCAGAGGUGCCUGAGGUGGAAAAGCAUGUUAAUAAGCCCCAUAUUUUCUGUAUUUUUUACUUUCAUAUAUGUCGUUUUGGAAAUAUUUAAAGUAAUAACAACAUAUUAAUCGAUUCUUAGGAAAAUGUUUACGGUUCCGAUCUUUCCCCGAAGUUGAUGACAGUUCCACGAGCUCAUCCUGAAAUAUUGAAUUUUACGUAGUGCUGGUCUCUGAAUGAUUACAGAGUUCACUGGAGUGGUUCAUUCAUGGCUGUAAAAUAUUAAAUUCCAAUGAUGCGUAGUAAUGUCCAAAGCAUUGAGAUAUGCCGUUUCCCUCCUCUCAAAUGAUCAAAAAGCCUUCAUUUCAGCAAAAUUUGAGCAGUGCUGUUUGUCAGUACUUGGUUGCCAAGACAAUCAAAUCAAUGUUGCAUUUCAACUGAAUGGUAAAGAAUUAAGAAUUGAGCCAAACCGUCAUGGUGCUAGGUUGGAGCACCCAGAGAGCUGUCCCUGUCGAUUCUUGACAGCAUCAGACAUAUUGAGUAUCAACGAGCACUCCGGAAGAUCAGGAGUCAGAGUUGGUGUAUCAUUUGUCAUCCAAUCAGCUGAUGGCUGUGUAUUACUCACGAAAAGGCCAAAAACAAUGCGAAGUUUCCCAAAUAUUUGGGUGACACCAGGUGGUCAUAUAGAAAAUGGUGAAACACUAAUACAGGCAGGCAUUCGUGAAAUUCAUGAAGAGACUGGGGUGUUGACAAUUGAAAGUAACAUAACAAUGUUAGGAUUAUGGGAGUCGGUCUAUCCACCCGUUCUAGGAAUGGGUCUACCAACGGCCCACCAUAUUGUGGUGUACAUGUUGGCACGGCUACCCCAAGAUCACCAAGAGAUUGAACUCAAGUUGCAAGAGAGCGAAGUGAGUGCUGCAGCCUGGUUGGAUGGAGAUACUGUAGCAGAGAUUGUUCAAAGUGAUGAGUACGGCAAAACUAGAAAUGCUGUUCAGAAAUAUUUUAAAGCAAAGUUGAUAGAGAAUGGACAACAAGUUGACAAGAAUUUCCCACUGUCCAUACUCAUGGCUUGCAUGCCGACAUCAGAAGAUUGGACACAAGAAAGACUCUCAAGUGGAAGUAAAUUUGCAUUACGACAAUGGCUGGAGCAUUGCGAUACACCAGAGUAAGAAAGACACUAUAUAUUGCUUUGU